AUGCUGAACAUGCAGCCUAGCAGCUCUGACACCGACCCCGCGCCCUACUGGACACCACAGCCACAAGGACCCAGCCCUGCCAGGCGCCGCCGCCUCCACGAGCCCCAGGGGCCACUCGGCCUGGAAGAGCCCGCCGCGUCAACGAGCAAUGUAUCGAACUCUAUGGUGAUCCUGGUCGCUGACUGUGCCCUGCAGCUGCAGCUGGAUGGCAUCGAACUUCUACUGGAGCCGGAUGCCACCUCGGUCCUGGAAGUGGAGCUCCCUGAAAACACAAUCAUCCUGGUGCCCGAGGGCCUCCAGGCUUCUCACCAUCUUGGACAGCCUGGGUUCUUCUCCGCCAACCCGCAGGGGGACGCUGUCCUGGAAAUGCCAGUGGACCACCUGCUAGUCCUCCAGCCGGGAUCCUCCUGUCAGUUCAUUCUAGAAAGUUCCUACCAAGAGGAAUCCUACGAUGAGGAUGAGGACUCUGGCUCCCUGUCACGCUGGAUGGAUCCUCCAGCCGGUCAGGCAAAGUACAGCCUAGGCUACUGGAAAGCCCAGCCCACACUCCUGGGCGGAGCCUCUGAAUUGGAGGCUCGAGGGGCGGAGCCUAGCGUGACUUUUCACGACUUGACUUUCCGGUCCAACACUGGGGAUUUAAUUGACGUCCUGGUGUAUCCGCCCAACAGAGCCGUCCACAUGCUGAACAUGCAGCCUAGCAGCUCUGACACCGACCCCGCGCCCUACUGGACACCACAGCCACAAGGACCCAGCCCUGCCAAGCGCUGCCGCCUCCACGAGCCCCAGGGUCCACUUGGCCUUGAAGAGCCCGCCACGCCCACCAGCUAUGUAUCGACCUCUACGGUGAUCCUGGUCGCUGACUGUGCCGUGCAGCUACAGCUGGAUUUCGUCGAACUGCUGCUGGAGCCGGAUGCCACCUAG